CUUGGAUGCCCAUGUGUCAGUUGACUGUAAAAUACCUAAAUCAACUUAAGCCUUUAUAUACACAUUCUUAUAUAUUUACAUGUGAAUCAAACAAUUUUAAAGACCACAUCACCAAAGGUUAAUACUUAAGCCAUACACAUCAAGUUGCCAACAGAACACAGCGAAGGAGCACCAACUGAGCACAAGGAGACUGCAGAUCCCACAGACGAGAAUAUAUCAGAAAUGGCACCUAUCAAAUUGCACGCUGACUACAGGUCGCAACCAUCAAGAGCGGUUGGGGUGAUGUUGAUGAUGAAUAAAGACAAAAUUGAUUACGAAUUUGUCUUGCAAGCAUUUGAGAGAACUCCUGAGGAGAAAGCAAAAUAUCAGAAGGAGAUCAGCCCAUUUGGCACAGUUCCAGCCCUGGAAGUAGAAGGUCUGCCUACCAUCCUUGAAAGCUCCGCAGCCCUGCAGUACCUGGCAGAGUUAGAUGGCGUACCUGAGCAUUGGUACCCAAAAAGUGCUAAAGGGAGAAUGCAAGUAAACCAAUAUAUCAGCUGGCAUGGUCCUGAUAUGAGGAAAAAUGCAUCUGGAUAUCUAGAGGCUUAUUUCAUGGAACCAUUCUUUAUGAAGAAAACCUGCCCUGAAGAGAAACUCCAAAAAAUCAAGGAAGGUUUUGAGAAAAUGCUGGACCAGCUGGAAAACUAUUGGCUGAAAGAUUCUGAAUAUUUGGCUGGUGACGAGAUCUCAAUUGCUGAUCUGCAAUGUAUAUCAGAACUGGUCAAUGUGGAGCCUACUGAUAUAGAUAUGGGCAAGGAAAGGAGGCCUAAGAUGGCAGCAUAUAUUCAACGUGUCAAGGAUAAACUGAGCCCUGUUUAUGAUACUGUGUUUAAAGAUCCCAUGGAACAGUUUGCUAUGGGUUUCAAGAUGUAUAAAGAAUCCCAAAAAUAAAAGCACUGGGCCCUGUUAACUGCAUUACAUAUCAAAAAACCAUGAAAUUUCUGAUACUACUUCAAAAGUAAUAAUCUAAACUAAAUAACAGAAAUACUAUUAUGUAUACAUGAAGUACUAUGUAACAUGGACAUUCUAGAGACUACUGACUAACUAAAAAGCUAAAAUAAUUUAAUGUAUAGUACAUGUUUUGAAAAAAAAAUUAUCCAAAAUGAAAGUCCUUGUAUCAGUGUCUUAUUGAAUGAGGUAGUCAGGAUAGGGAGUUGUGUAAAUUUUUAAAAAAUGUCUCCAUAAUCAUUCUAUGCCAUGCUUGUUUUCUAAAAAUGCCAACAGUUGUGACCUUAUCUAUUUAACCUUUUGAUUUUUAAUUGAUCUUUAUUUGAAAUCCUCAAUAAAUUCAAUAUUUUUAAGACAUAUCAAUCCUUUUUCAGGUUUUUCAAAUUAGACAGGCUUGUCAGGGAAACAUUGGCAUAAUUUUUGAAAGCAAGUUUUCAACAAACACUAUCUCUCCAUUCUGAUGCCUCUAGGUACACAAUCCUUUUAUUGCUUAACACCUCUAAGCAUCUCUCUGAACAAGUGUCCUCUAAAGCAGAAGGGGG